AUGGUACCUCGGGCUCCGCAUCCUCCGUCUCAAGCAAGCAUGAAUGGAGCAGAUGGAAUGGGUGGCUAUGGUCACCACCACCACCACCAUCAUCAUGCCGCCUAUCGACCAGGAAUGUCUCAGCGUCUUGGAGGAGCAGCGUCGGGCGGGGCCUCGCGUCACACCAUGAUGGACUAUACUAGUAGCGGGGCUGGCGGUGGUGGUGCAGCUGCAGCCGCAGCUGCGGCAGCAGCGGCCUAUCGCACUGGCGCUCCAACGCAAGCUGGAUUAAUGGCACCUCCUCCGUCGACAGGUCUUCCACAGACACCCUACGGCGACACACCGAGUUCAUCACACCACCUAACAAGUCUCACCGCGCUGCUCAACUCCUCCACUGCUGCUGGUUGCUGCAAAUUUGAGGAGGAGAUGGAUACCUCGGGGUCUCUGCUGGGCACCAGCAUGGCACCCCCUUGCGUCACUCUUGAUGAGCGUUUCGGAAUCACCUCACUAUUAACCAGUCUUCAAUGGACCUAUGUGGAGCACAUGAAGGCCAUAAUCAGUUACUAUAUGGAUCUCUUUCAGAACGCAGACCACGAAGUCCUCGGUGGUACGCCCCACGUGGUCUUUUCCACUCCUCUUGUGUCCUCAGGAGUGGGUGCUGGAAUGGGUUCCUCCUAUCGCUCAUCUGGUGAUGACUCGACUACUCGAAGCAGUAGUCCACACACUGGUUCCAUGUUAAGUUAUCUGUCACAUGGGCUGAAGAACAGCAUGGCAAUGAAAUCAUCUCCAUCUUCAACCUCGUCACCACCGCAGACAAGCCCGACAAACUGCUCGAAAACGACAGCGACGGUAACAGGGAAGUCGGAGGAGGGCGGGGAGUCCUCGGUUGGCCUCGCUGGAACCACGGACGCGCUAAGUUGCGCGGCACCGGGGAGUAGCAGCAGUGGUGGAGGUAGUGGGGACGCUGUCUCCACUGGCGGUCUCGACUCCCGUUCUCCAGGGGCUCUGUCAAGGGACGAGAACUGUCUCAGUGAGGACAAUGACACUAUGGACACUGGGCUAGACACGCUGAACGACAUAACCAUUGAUGACUCGGCGCACACCUCAGUGGCCUACCAGGAGCCAGACUAUUGGUGUUCUGUGUAUUACUACGAGACGAACACGCGGGUUGGCGACACCUUCUACUGUGCCUCUCCCUGCCUCACCGUCGACGGCUUCACCGAUCCUUCCCGCGAGAACCGCUUUUGUCUCGGACUUCUCAGCAACGUUAAUCGGGGUCACCAAAUUGAACUUACUCGUCGACACAUUGGUACACUAAUCAUUCAUGCUUCGAAAAUGCUCGUCCGCCACGGUGUCGCUCUCUAUUACAUCGGUGGUGAGGUUUUUGCGGAGUGUCUGAGUGAUAGUGCAAUCUUCGUUCAGUCGCCCAACUGUAAUCACAUGUACAACUGGCACCCGGCUACGGUGUGCAAAAUCCCACCAGGUUGCAAUCUGAAAAUCUUCAAUAAUCAACACUUUGCGGCAUUAUUGAAGGAAAGUGUCAACAAUGGCUUCGAGGCGGUCUACGCACUUACUAACAUGUGUACUAUCCGAAUCAGCUUUGUCAAGGGCUGGGGUGCCGAAUACAGGCGUCAGACAGUGACCAGCACGCCUUGUUGGAUAGAGCUUCAUUUGAACGGUCCCCUUCAAUGGCUGGACCGUGUUCUCAGCCAAAUGGGGUCUCCUAACCACCCGUGUACGUCAGUCAGCUAG